ACCCUUCAAACGCAUUGUAACAAUAAAAGUCUUGAUGCUUCAUGCUCUUGUUAGGUUGGUUUUAGACUAGGACACAAUACGCAUAUGGAUCUGCACUAACUGGAGUAAAACCCAUACUGAGCUUGAGGGAGCAGAGAAAUGACGGAAAGUGAGCAAGAAUUUUGCACAUCACUAAUUUCUCAUUAUCCGAGAUCAAGUGUCGAGUUUUCAGGUGUUUCUGUUCCUGCUUACACCGCCUCCCUCCACUAAGUUCUUAAGCCGCGCGCAUUCCCGACGCGGACAGCGCAUAUGAGGAACGUUAUGAGUCCUUAAAGCUGCAGCAACUUUCAAGCACAGUAUUCAUCCAGCCCGGAGAGAUAGAAGUCGGCCAAGACAGCCGGGAAGUGAACGAGCGACUGCAGCAGGACUCCGAGCAUGGAGCCUAUAACUUCGUGGAGCGAGGAAAGAGUCACCGAGUGGCUCCAAGGUCUGGAUGCUCCUCUGGAUCAGUACCCAGUCUUGCAGUGGCAUUUAUCAGGCAUGGAACUGCACCAGUUGAAUUCCCAGUGCCUGGAAAAGUUGGGAGUCCAUAAAAUUGGACACCAGGAGCUCAUUUUGGAGGCUGUGGAGAAGCUUUGCUCUUUGACUUAUGGCAUAGGAGGAGAGAACCUACAAGGUCUGACAGAGAAGUUGCGAGCUCUUGCCCACACCUUGCAAAUGGGCAUCCAGAACUGUUGGCGCCUCAACAGUUAUGAUGGACGCACCACCACCAAGCUGCCAGCUAGCAUUCUGCAGAUUGUAGUUGAACUCAUCACAUCAGUCAAAGGCCUUUUCUUUCUGCUCAACAGAUAUCAGUUUUCGCAACUCAGUGGAUACACUGCAACCAAGAACAUAUUCAGUUACUGCAAAGAACUAGGAGACAUUGUGCACAAGGACACCACAGUUUAUGAAAAGGAAAAGGACAUCAUCUCUGUUUGUCGUCAGCUGGUGGCGGUGUGUGAUGAGAUCCUGAAGUCCAGCCCUCAAGCACUUCUCACACAUACAGCUCAGCUGGAGAGUGUCGACCUGGUGCCCACGUCACCUGGUGAUCAGCUGGGGAUCGAGAUAACAUCCACCAGCUCCAGUAACCACUACGUGACUGGAGCUGCUGCUGAGCCUUCCACUGAUGCUUACUUGCAGAUCUUGGCUGGUGAUGAAGUCAUCCAAGUCAAUGACCAGAUAGUGGUGGGCUGGAGCAGAGCUAACCUGAUAAAGAAGCUUAAAGAGAAUCCAAACGGAGUAACUUUGGUCUUGAAGAAGAUCCCUGGAUCACUGCGACACAAAGACUCUGCCCACCUCUCCUCCACUCAGAAGGAGGAAGAGGAGAGAGAAGAAAAAUCAGAGGAGGAAGAGAAGGAGGAAGAGAAUCCAAGGCACUCCAUAUUUGAGAGGGUUGCAGCAUCUGUCAGGUCCCUGUCUUUCAGGCAAGCAAUUCAAGGGCCAGAGACACAGCAGCCUAUGGGGCAGGAAGAGUCUGAGUUGGCUUCUGACAAGGAGCUGGAGGGGAGACUGACUCUAACUGCAGACCAAAACCUACAGAAGAGGCUGUCACCUCUGUCAGCCUCAGCUGAACUUGAAAAUUCAAAAGGUUUGAGGCUAUCCCCAAGCUUCAUGAGAGACCGGUCACCUUCAUCCAGAAGUCCCUCACCUCACAGAAGCUGUAAGGAAAGAGCGAGUGUCAGUUCCUGCCCUGAAAUGGUGGGACAAACGUCAAAUAAAGAAACUAAGAAAAGCUCUACGAAAGGAAUGACGACUUCUCUAAGCCGGCGCCGUGUGUCCUGUCGUGAGUUGUCUCAUCCUGAUUGUGAUGGCUGGCUCUAUAAGAAAAGAAAGGAGAGCAGUGUCUUCAUCACACAGAAGUGGCAGCGCUUCUGGUUUGUCCUCAAAGGGCCUUGUCUUUACUGGUACAAAAGCCAACAGGAUGAAAAAGCUGAGGGUCUGCUCAACAUAUGUACCUACAGCAUAGAGAGUGCUGGACAGCACAAGAGAAAAUUUGUUUUCCAAAUGUGCCACAAGAAAUUUCAGAACUUCAUCUUUUCAGCCGAUACCGUCAGCGACAUGAGCAAAUGGAUUAACUCCCUGAUUCCAGCCAUACAGAAGCACAAUAAGUUUCUUAAAUAUCCACAUACUGAAGAGGAGUGUUACAGUGAAACUGAAUCUGAAAGCGAAUCAUCUCCUCCUCACCGGAGAAACAAGAAGAUACAGUCCAACACUCUGCCUCGACCCCAGGGAAAGAAGAACAAGGUGCCAUCAUUAAGUUCGACGACAGAGGGCAGCAAAGGAACAAGCGCACCGGUAGAUGAGAUGGGAGAGAUGUUAAACAACUUAAAGGAAGGAGGAGUUUCCCUAAUAGGCAAUGAGAAGCCGCACACACAUGACCACUUCAGGAGAUCCUUCAUUCGACGCAACAAGAAUCCCAUCAUCAAUGAGAAGGCGCACGCACUUCGGGCUCUGCAAAGUACCCUGAAGGCUAAAGAAGCAGAGCUGCAGCAGAUCAACAAGAUCCUGGAUGACUCUGACCUGACAGCUUCAAAGUACCGUCAGUGGAAGGAGAACAACGAAGAACUAGCUCAGGAAAUCGAAAGACUGGCUACUCUCAAAUCCUCUGAAGCAGGAGGGAAUGUUGCGCCGGUGCAGGACACGCCUGAAGUGGAGGUUGCCUUGGAAACUGUCACUAAGGAAACAGCUGCGGCAGAGAUAGAAGACAAACUAAGUCUGAGCGAUGGUGAGCAGCUAGUUGAUGCAGAGCCGUCUGAUGUUCUCCUGGAGGUCCCACAGGACUCUCAUGGUGCAGAGAAGAGCCCAGUCUUUGAAGUGUCAAUAGGUUCGCUGCAAGAUUCCAUAAACAAACAGCUGAAUGAAAUGGCAGAAAGUGGAAAAGGUGCUGAGCAUUACUUCUUCAUUUAGACUAACACUGGAGCAGAGACAUGGAUGAACAUUUGUCAUCAAAUGGUCUUAAAAGGACCCAUUUCACCAUGUUUUCUGCUGACAUUAACCUGAAAUCAUCAGUGAAAACUGACAGUCAGAGCUGUUCUCAGAUAUAUCUGAGAAUGGCAUUGGUAAAGACUUUUCUCUGCUUCUCUAUGAAACAAAAUUAGACAUUUGACAAGUUUACAUCAGUAAAACAUAAUUUACCAAGUGUCUUAGUUCAGCAUGUAUUUGUGAAAUUCUGAGCUUGUUCUUAGAAUUGAAAUAUCAAAUAGGACUUGGAAUUCAGUAAGAAUUCCUAAUGUAAGUCAUGCCAUAUUUGUAAAUAUAGUUUUAUCAUACAUACUGUUUAUAUUUGUUUAAUGAUUUUGCCUUAAUAAAGGUACAUGUGAACGA